CGAUAAAGUUCAACUAAAAAUGUCAGAAAUAAAACCUAAGCGGCCAUCAAAGAUUGGUCAAUACGAGGUAUUGCAGACGCUUGGUACCGGUUCAUUUGGUAAAGUCAAGCUCGCUGUACACGCACUCACUGGCCAUAAGGUGGCUAUGAAGAUAUUGAACAAGCGUAAAAUACACAGUUUAGAUAUAAGUUCGAGGGUUAAGCGUGAGAUCCAAUAUCUGAAGCUACUACGCCAUCCUCAUAUAAUCAAGCUAUAUGAAGUUAUUAGUACGCCUACGGAUAUUAUUAUGGUCAUGGAGUAUGCUGGGAAUGAAUUAUUCAAUUAUAUAGUAGAGCGCGGCAAAAUGCCGGAAGAUGAAGCACGGAGAUUCUUCCAGCAGAUCAUCUGCGCCGUAGAAUACUGCCACAGGCACUCUAUAGUACACAGAGAUCUCAAACCAGAGAAUCUCCUAUUGGAUGAUUUCAAUAUGGUCAAAAUCGCCGAUUUCGGUUUAUCAAACAUCAUGACGGACGGUGACUUUUUAAAGACGAGCUGUGGAAGUCCCAAUUACGCAGCACCAGAAGUUAUCUCUGGAAAGCUCUACGCUGGCCCAGAGAUUGAUAUCUGGAGCUGUGGUGUCAUCCUCUACGUCAUGCUCUGCGGUCGACUGCCAUUUGACGAUGAAUUCAUUCCAAACCUUUUCAAGAAGAUUAAUGGCGGUGUAUAUCACCUACCUAGCUACCUCUCACAGGAGACAAAGAGUCUUCUCUCUCAAAUGCUCGUAGUCGACCCUGUCAAGCGUAUAACCGUCCCAGAGAUCAGGGAACUCCCCUGGUUCAAGGUUGGUCUUCCAAAGUAUCUCGAACCUCUCCCACCGGCGACGACGCCUUCAAACGAAGAUGAAAAGAAAUCACCGGAGGAUAUUAUCGCCGAGGGCGAAGAAAUUAGUCCAGAUUUAGGCAUUAUCGACAGAAACAUCGUCAACGACUUGGUCGAGAAAAUGGGUCCUUUCGAUAUCGAACAAAUCAUUGAAGAGUUGAAAGCUGAAAAUGAGAAUCAAUUUAAAGUGGCUUAUCAACUCGUGCGUGAUCACAAACGUAUGGUUCAAACGGCCGGUGAUAGGCAAGACCAAGCGAUGGAUAAUUUCCUCUCUAGCUCACCACCUGCUUGGAAUGCGGGUUUGGAACACAUGACAGGCUCCAGAAGGUCUACAUCUAUUAAAAGAAAAGCAAGAAAUAGCCCACAAGACCAACAACCAGCUGUCGAAGAUAAUGACGAAUAUGACGAUUUUGAUGGCCUCGAUGAUUACGAUUUGGAGGAGCGUUUUACAGUUUUAGAUAGCUCAUUACCUCAAAACAAUGACGAAGAUAGUUCUCAGGCAUACAAAAUGGAGUCGCUCAAGCUUAACGACUCACAUAAAUCAACUAAAAAAGACCCAACCAAGGUCCUCCAAAGCAGAAGCUCACAGCCAAUAUCGGUUGAGCCUAUGUCAGCGAUGCCAUCAUCGACUGUACCGGAAGAACGGAUUGCGAAAGAUACCAUUAAGCAUACCCAACGUGGUGAUGCCCCAGUUCCUCAACAAAGCAAGGAGAAAUCAACUCAACAGCAAUCAACAUCCGUGAAGAAAUCCAAAGCAUCCAAAUGGCAUUUCGGUAUAAGGUCGAGAUCACCACCUAUGGAAGUCAUGCUUGAAAUAUAUCGCACAUUAAAAUCACUCGGUAUGGAAUGGAAGAAAAAGGAUUUACCUGCGAAACCACCAAAUUCAAAUGCACAUCAAGAUGACUUGCAAAUUCCACAAGAUUUGUUCUUCGUUGAGACAAGAUCAAGAAUCAAGAAUGUGAUUAUCAGAAUGGAUUUACAAUUAUAUAGAGUCGAUGAGAGUAACUACCUCGUUGACUUUAGACUAGUUGAUUAUUUCCCUAUACCGCCAACAUCAGAAGAUUACAUUCGAUUUGACAGUCAUGAAAACUCAGCUGAGAGUUCGCCAGGUGUGAAGAGUCCAGGUGAAUUUAGCAAUAAUACAUCGGAGGGUCAUUCAGCACCGAAUGUCGACAGACUUUACGACGCUAAUCAGAAAUUACAACAAUCUCAACAAGCGGGCGACGUUUGCUCGCCAUUUUUGUUCUUGGAUUGUGCAUGUAAGCUUAUUGUCGAACUUGCAGGUGCGGGUGGAUGAAGAUAGUAUAAUGAGCACCUUAAUAUCAAGGAAAGACAAUAAAGAUGAUGCUUAUGAUUUUUCUUUUUUGAUUACCACCACGUGUUUGUAUAAAUUUAUGCAUUUGAUUUACAUUAGUUGUUUGAUUUGCCUGGUCUGGCGACGAUACCUGCUGAGGCUUGGUUGGUUGGGAAGACGAGUGUAUUGGCGACCUGUACGUGUGGUGGACGGCUGGUGAUCCAGAUGAUCUCCUCUGCUAUGUCUUCUGGUGUAAGAGGGUCUAAGUCCUUGUAAACGUUGUCUGCUUGCUCCUUAUCGCCUCUGAAUCUAACAACAGAGAAUUCAGUUUCAACAAGGCCUGGCUCUACUUCCGAAACGCGUAUAGGUGUGCCUACGAGUUCUUUCAUGAGUGAGCUCGUAAAUGAACGGACAGCAUGUUUGGUGCUGCAAUAGAUUGAACCUCUCUGGUAUGGUUCUAAGCCUGCUAUACUGCCCAAAUUAACGACGUGUCCUGCGUUACGCUCUUUGAAAUGAUUGACGAAAAUUUGUGUCAAUUUUAUGAGACCGAUAACAUUUGUAUCAAACAUGGUAUCGACAUCAUCAUCAUUUAUACUUCCAACCUCUUCCAAGCCCUUAACGAGUCCAGCGUUGUUGACAAGGAUGUCAAACGCCUUGAAUGACGUGCGUUGGAAGAAUUGAUUAAUUUCUUCCCUUUUUGAGAUGUCCAGAUUAACAGCCUCGUAGUUUCCACGAGGGUUGAGUUCUCUCGCUUGUUUGACUAUCUCCUCUAGUUUUUCGGCUCUCCUAGCCGCAAGAACGACGUUGGCGCCUGCUUUAGCGUAAAGUAGUGAUGUAGCAGCUCCUAUACCACUCGAUGCACCUGUUACCAAUACAUUCUUAC